UAUCAUUAUCAGCCCCGUGACCGUGAAUGCCGGGGUGCAGCGCAGACAAUGGGGAAACUACAAUUCCCAGACGGCACUGUGCGCUACUCUCGCGAGUUUUGUCCCGGAGGCGGGCACAGGGCCUUGUUGUUGGUGUCAGUGAUGGCGGCAGCGGCGGUGGUGGCUCCCCAGGCUGAGGCCUCGGAGUCGUGGUACUUAGCAUUGCUGGGUUUCGCCGAGCACUUCCGCACCUCUAGCCCACCCAAGAUCCGCCUGUGCGUGCACUGCCUGCAGGCCGUCUUCCAGUUCAAGCCGCCGCAGCGUAUCGAGGCCCGGACUCACCUGCAGCUCGGCUCUGUACUGUACCACCACACCAAGAACAGCGAGCUGGCCCGGCAGCACCUGGAGAAGGCGUGGUUCAUUUCUCAACAAAUUCCCCAGUUUGAAGAUGUGAAGUUUGAAGCUGCAAGUCUUUUGUCAGAGUUAUAUUGUCAGGAGAAUUCUGUGGAUGCUGCCAAGCCUCUCCUACGUAAAGCAAUCCAGAUCUCUCAACAGACCCCAUACUGGCAUUGCAGGCUGCUUUUCCAGCUCGCUCAACUUCACACACUUGAGAAAGACUUGGUGUCAGCAUGUGACCUGCUUGGAGUUGGUGCUGAGUAUGCACGUGUCGUGGGCUCAGAGUACACCAGAGCAUUGUUCUUGCUGAGCAAAGGAAUGUUAUUGUUGAUGGAGCGGAAGCUACAAGAAGUACACCCACUGCUGACGUUAUGCGGACAGAUUGUUGAGAAUUGGCAGGGAAACCCUAUUCAGAAGGAGUCCCUCCGGGUUUUCUUCCUGGUUCUCCAGGUGACACAUUACUUGGAUGCAGGACAGGUGAAGAGUGUGAAACCUUGCCUCAAACAGCUGCAGCAGUGCAUCCAGACUAUUUCCACUCUCCAUGACGAUGAGAUUUUACCCAGCAAUCCAGCUGACCUGUUCCACUGGCUGCCUAAAGAGCACAUGUGUGUUUUGGUUUACUUGGUGACAGUCAUGCACUCCAUGCAGGCAGGCUAUCUGGAGAAGGCUCAGAAAUACACAGAUAAGGCACUCAUGCAGCUAGAGAAGCUUAAGAUGCUGGAUAGCAGUCCAAUCUUGUCGUCCUUCCAAGUUAUCCUGCUGGAACACAUAAUCAUGUGCCGUCUGGUCACAGGCCACAAAGCCACAGCUUUACAAGAGAUCUCCCAAGUCUGUCAACUGUGUCAGCAGUCGCCUCGGCUAUUUACUAAUCAUGCAGCUCAGCUCCACACGUUGCUGGGUUUAUACUGCAUCUCUGUGAACUGUAUGGAUAAUGCAGAGGCGCAAUUCACGACUGCUCUUAGGCUCACCACGCACCAGGAGUUGUGGACUUUUAUAGUGACAAAUCUAGCAAGUGUUUAUAUUCGAGAAGGAAACCGACACCAAGAGCUUUAUAGUUUACUGGAAAGAAUUAACCCAGAUCAUAAUUUCCCAGUGAGCUCACAUUGUCUCCGUGCUGCUGCCUUCUAUAUUCGUGGACUUUUCUCUUUCUUUCAAGGCAGAUACAAUGAAGCAAAACGCUUUCUCCGUGAAACUUUAAAAAUGUCUAAUGCUGAGGAUUUGAACCGAUUAACUGCAUGUUCGUUGGUGCUUCUUGGCCACAUCUUCUAUGUUCUGGGAAAUCACAGGGAGAGCAACAAUAUGGUUGUCCCAGCGAUGCAGCUGGCCAGCAAGAUCCCAGAUAUGUCUGUGCAGCUGUGGUCCUCUGCUCUGCUUAGAGGCACUCACCUGAAACCUGAUCAUCACCUUGUGAAACUUAGCUUAAAUGAUCUAAAUAAAGCAUGUGGAAAUACAAUUGAUGCUCACGAGGCAGCACAGAUGCAUCAAAGUUUCUCUCAGCAGCUGCUACAAGAUCACAUAGAGGCCUGCAGUCUUCCUGAACACAAUCUCACAACGUGGACGGAUGGGUCACCACCUGUACAGUUUCAGGCUCAAAAUGGACCCAACACCAGCCUGGCUAGCCUUUUGUGAAGACUAAACCCUUGUUUAAAACAUAACGGACUUAUACAGCGGACUCGCUCGCUGAACAGGAUCCUCCUCUACAACCGGAACUGUGGAGGGUCUGGAACUGCAAGAGAAUGCACGACGCAGUGGACAUCAAUCCUACAGAUGAAGGGACCAUGUUCCAGACAAGCCAACAAUACACAGAAAAUCAUUUCUAAGGUCCUCCUAUCAGAGACUCCAUAUUUUGGAGACUGACCUACAUGCUGCAAAAUUCUGACACUCCCGUCUGCAACUGAUACUGGCUCCCUCCCCAAGUGCAUGGUGCGUGGCUAAGGUCAUACCUUCCCUACAGCACGAUAAGGGGAUUAAAAUUAUUUUGGAACUAAUUUUUGUUCUAUAUUUAAUAUCUGCCUUCAACUUUGUUUCCCUCUACUGAAUAGAUUUAACAGAGAAGGGCAUUUUUUUAGAUUUUAUAUCCAUAAAUAUAUAUAUAUAUAUAUAUAUGAAAAACUUAAGUUUAUCAAUGUUUUAAACUUUUCUGUGCACAAAAAAUUUGAUUUUGUUGGGAUAGGGGGUUUUUCGUUCCCUCUUUCAUUCUCCCUUUUGGAUAAAUUAUAUUUUCAGGGGAAUGGUUUUGAUAUUUGAUAAUAGUUUUUUAGCAAGCAUCACACAGCCCUUUUGCUAAAGCAAACAGGCUGCCAAAGGACUAGCCAUUAAAUCAUGAGUAACUUAAGAGUGAGGGAUAUUAGACAACUUAAACUGAUUGAGGUUUUUUUUUUUUUUUUUAAUUAUCAGGAAAUAUUUUAAAACUUUUUUUUUUUUAUUUAUCAUGCGUAUACCUGUAAGUAUUGUCACAUGAAGAAUGUUUAAGUGAACUUUUGAUGCCCCUAUGUUCUCUAUUACUGUUAAGAAGUUAAUAAGAAGUUAUUGUAAAUUAUUCUGCUUAUUGUGGUCCCAUGCUCGCAACCUCCAGAAUAGCAACUAUCCUUAAAAUUGCCAUACCCGUACAUCAAUGUUGUAUCACUCAGGCAAGUAUUCUUGUGUGUCACAAGGUUAGAAAUUAAAAUAACACUCCCCCCUUCCCCACCUUUCAUUAAAUUCCCCUAUCUGUAUAUUAUUUGGGCAUCAGAAGUGUUGCCAGUGGUUCAGAAGUUUUUAUUUAAAAAGUUAUGGUUCUUGCUCAAUAGAUAUUAAAGCUCAAACUAUUUUUCAGA